AUGGGUCGUCUUCACUCCAACGGAAAGGGUAUAUCCGCCUCUGCGAUCCCCUACUCGCGCACCCCGCCCGCGUGGCUCAAGACUACUCCCGCCCAGGUCGAGGAGCAGAUCUGCCGUCUCGCCCGUAAGGGUGCUGCCCCCUCUCAGAUCGGUGUCGUUCUCCGUGACUCCCACGGAAUCUCCCAGGUCCGCAUCGUCACCGGUAACAAGAUCCUCCGAAUCCUCAAGUCCAAUGGCCUCGCCCCCGAGAUUCCUGAGGAUCUGUACAUGUUGAUCAAGAAGGCCGUCUCCGUCCGAAAGCACCUAGAGCGCAACCGCAAGGACAAGGAUGCCAAGUUCCGCCUGAUUCUGAUCGAGUCCCGAAUCCACCGUCUCGCCCGUUACUACAAGACCGUCGGUGUCCUACCCCCGACCUGGAAGUACGAGAGCGCUACUGCCAGCACCAUCGUCGCAUAA